UCUGCAUUUGAAGACGAAUAAAUCUAUCGUCUCCGCCGAACCAAACAUUCGUAGGCCGAACUGUCAUGUGUCACAUUUUGACGUAUGUAACAAACUACUUGGGUACCUACAUAUGUCUUUAGUCUUUAUUCCUCGGUAUUUACUUCAAAAAUGCAUGAAGCUUACGAAGCCUCGCCACUGUUGAAAUUGACAGUUCAAAUAGAAUCAAUUGCUGCUUAUGAUGAUAAUUUACUCAUUGGUACAAGACAGGGACAUUUGCUGAUGUAUAAUGUUCCUCCAAAGUCUAACGAAAAACAGGAAUUGGAACUACUACGAUACAGAAAAAAUUUCAGUAAAAAACCAAUACUACAAAUUGAAGUUGUUCCAGAGUAUAAUUUGUUGAUCCUCCUGACAGACAAUAUCAUCUGUGUUCAUGAUUUAAACUCUGCAAGUAUUCCGCAAAUAUGUCAGCUCCAAAAGACAAGGGGUGCCACACUCUUUGUUUUGGAUGUCCAGCGCACCCAGAGCUUGACAGGUGAAAAAAAUACAGUUGUUCGAUUAUGUGUUGCUGUUAAACGGAAAUUGCAAUUGUAUUACUGGAAAGUGGACCAAUUCAUAGACUUUGGAGAUGAAUUAGUUGUGCCCGACGUACCUCGUGUGUUGUCAUGGUGUGGAGAGACUUUAGUUCUAGGAUUUCGAGGUUUGUCUUACAUACUCUUGGACUUGAAUGGUACUACCAAAGAACUGUUUCCAACUGGAAAAUCUCCUGAACCUGGAAUAACCAAAUUAUCUGAUUCUUCAUUUGCACUGGGAAAAGAUUCCCAGUCAAUUCUUAUGAACACUAAAGGAGAAUUAGUGCAACACAACUCAGUUAAGUGGGCAGAUUCGCCCAUUGCUACUGCUUGGGAUGAUCCAUUUCUCAUGGGAAUAAUAAACGAUACUUUAGAAGUAUACACGUUAGAGGGAUGUUUACAAAUGCAAACCAUACGUGAACUUAACAAAGCCAGGUUGCUGUACAGGUGUAAACAAGGACUGGUUUAUGUUGCAUCUGUUGGCCAGGUUUGGUGUGUAAAUGCAGUGGAAGUGACGCAGCAAAUUAGAACACUUCUUGAGCUAAAUCAGUUUCAACUAGCUUUAAAAUUAACCAAUUUGUCUGAUGUAACAGAAGAGGAAAAAGCAAAGAAAACUUACAAAAUACAAACGUUGUAUGCACACCAUCUCUUUGCAAAUAAAAAAUUUUCGGAAUCUAUGGAACAGUUCUUAAAAUUGGGAACGGAUCCUUACGAAGUCAUUAGACUCUUUCCUGAUUUAGUUUCUCAGCCAACAAAUGCUAAUGAGACGAAUGAACCCGUUACAGUUAUACCAACGCUGCAAGAUAGGGAUUUGGAACAAGGAUUACUCGCUUUGAUCAAGUUCUUAAUAGAAGUGAGACAUAAGUUAAUGGGGGAUACAAAAACGAAAGAAAAAGGAUCUGAAAAUUUUUUUGAAAAAGAUCCCUUGAAGGCAGAAAAGUCAAAGAAUAUGACUGCUAUCGCAACGGAACAACUUCUUAAAAUAAUUGAUACUACAUUGUUGAAAUGUUAUUUACAGACCAACGAUGCCCUAGUAGCUCCGCUAUUGCGAUUAAAUCACUGCCACUUGGCAGAGUCUGAGAAAACUCUUCUAAAGUACCAGAAGUAUCCAGAACUAAUUAUCUUGUACCAAACAAAAGGACAACAUAAAAAGGCCCUGGAGUUACUUGAGAAACAGUCAAGCGAGAGUGAUUCCAGCCUCAAGGGUACUGAAAGGACAAUUCAAUACCUACAGCACUUGGGCCAAGAUCACAUGGAUUUGAUAUUGAAGUUUUCUGGCUGGGUUUUGGAACAAGACCCAGAACAGGGGCUGAGAAUAUUUAUGGAAGAUGUUCAGGAGGUUGAACAUUUACCACGACCUAAAGUAUUGGAUUAUCUUCUGCGUUGCCACAAGGACUUGGUGAUAACAUACUUGGAACAUGUAGUGCAUUUUUGGGUAGAUACCACUCCUUUAUUUCAUGACGUCUUGAUACACCAAUAUAAGGAAAAAUGUGUAACAGGCUUGAGUCCAAACGCUACACCCGCGGAAAAGCAAAAUGUUCAGCAUAUUCGACAAAAACUACAACAGUUUCUGGAAAAAUCGACUCACUAUACUCCAGAAACGGUGUUAGUUCAUUUACCAUUUGACUGUUUAUUCGAAGAACGUGCAAUCAUUUUGGGUCGAUUGGGUCGACACGCGCAAGCAAUUUCUAUCUACGUCAAUCUAUUGAAUGAUGUACCAAGGGCGAUACAGUACUGCAAUAACGUAUAUGCAAAAUAUGAAAGUCAGAAAAAUUCGGAAAAAAGUAAACAACAGGAUGGUGCGGAUGAAGUUUAUGUUACUUUGAUCAAACAAUUAUUGAAGCCUACUAACGAGGGUAUCUGGACGACUGGCACUGUUACGGAAAACCAAAGGAUUGCUCAACCUGAUUUGGAGACAGCACUGGAAUUACUGGAAGAACAUGCUGCAAAAAUUAAUCCUUUGAAAGCUCUUGAGAUUUUACCCGACAACGUCCCAAUAAGUCGCAUAAAACAUUUCCUUGAGACAAGCUUGCAAAAUAAUCUGAACGAACGACGAACGACUCAAGUUUUAAAAGGCUUGCUAUACGCCGAACAUCUACAAGUACAGGAGCAACGAAUGCAUCACGAAUCUCAGAGCGUUCUUAUGACAGAAUUCAAUAUCUGUCCUGUAUGUAAAAAACGAUUCGGCAAUCAGAGUGCCUUUGCGAGGUACGCGAAUGGAGAUAUUGUACAUUACUCGUGCCAAGAGAGGAAAUCAUAAUCUGUUGGAUACACUUUGAUUGCUCCAUCAUUUACUAUUUAUAUCCAACAUUUGUACAUCAUAUACCUAUGUAAUUCAUGAAAUAUCGAUGCAUAUUCAUGUACCAUGAAAAAAUAUACGACCAGCUACCAUA